UGGAAAUAUGUAACAUGAAAUAUAAAGAGCUGGCGAGGUCGAAGAACUCUGACUAGAGCUUAAACACGUGGUCUUCCCAUCUGAAAGCAUAGUCAUGUGACAUGAUGUCAGAGCAACGUAUCACACUGAAGCUCGACAAGACAAGUGGCAAAUGCGACAACCAUUCUAACUUAGAAGCAUUAAUCGACGACUAUUCGACCUUUCUACAAAGACUUGGUGCAGCGAUACCACAAGAGUUAGACGCUGACAGUGCUUCAAACCUUACCACCACACGCCGAAAGACCGUCUUCAUUAUGUCCAACCAAAGCUCCUCGACUUUCCAGUCUUUCAGUUACAGCAGCUCAAGCUUUACAUCGUCACGCGACGGUGAGGCACCACAGACAUGGAGAAGCUCGGAGACAAGGUCCAGCAAUCCGCAGGGAACAACUAUCCACCGCACAUCUGAGCAGCCAGGCCAGUUGCCAACAGAGGAAAAGUUACAGCUUGACUCCGAGGGAAGGCCAAUUCUAGACAAGACAGAUCAGAGAGGCAGAAUUGAGGAUGUUAGUGAGGCAGAUAGGGAAUAUCUUGAACGCAUGGAGGACGAAUAUGCGAAAAGAGAGGGUGGAGCCUAGAUAGAUCAUCCUCGCAGGCGCAGUCACACAGCGCUGGUUGACUACCUGAACUCGAAUUUGCUUAGCAGUACAUAACUACUGCCGCCGGCUUUCGGCGACGGUCAGAGGAGCAUAAUGGCACAGUGCAAUAUCCAGCUUCAGCGUCCCAGUACGUUAUGUGGUUACAGGCGAUGCCCGCAUCAUCCAAGAUCUUUGUGCGCACAAGGGUAGGAGGCUCCAAAAGCUGGAUCCGCGGAGAGUAUAUGAACCCACCUGCGGACGAAUUCGAUUGAAGUUGUAUACGUGAAGACACAUGAUGGAACGUUACAUCGAGUUGUAUUGGUAAUGGAUAUCAGAAGGGCCUUGGCCCUAGCGGCG